AUGGCGUCUCAACUCCUUGUGAAAAAGAAAAGGAUACAAUACUCCCCUGAAAACAUGGCAUUAGCCAUUGAAGCAGUGAGAAACGGUAUGGCAAAAAACAGGGCUUCAAAAGUGUAUUCGGUUCCUAAAACAACUCUACUGGAUAAGCUGGCAAAUAGAGUACCAGAGGAACCAACAAAACCUGGUCCGAAACCAGUCUUAACGAAGGCUGAAGAGAUAACUCUUGUCAACUACACUAAUCUCAUGGCAGAAAUCGGGUACCCGAUUACGAGAAAGAAACUUUCCUUUGAAGUCAAACGACUUAUGGAUUUGGAUGGGAGAAAGACGCCAUUCAAAGACAAUUUGCCAGGCUAUGACUGGUAUACAUCGUUUAUGAAGCGUCACCCAGAUCUUUCAGAAAGAAUUCCACAGGCACUUGGACAUGAGCGCGCCGCGAUUUCAGUGCCAAUGGUAGAAGCGAGGUAUGAUGGCCUUUUUACCUUUCUCGAAAAGGAAGUUCCCAAUUCGGAACUACUCAUUCAAAACCCCAGACGGAUAUUUAACGCAGACGAAUCCGGCUUUCCUCUGUGCAUGAAGUGUGGUAAAGUUUUAACACAAACCGGCGCAAAGCAUGUUCAUCAAGUUGUGGCGAACACUAAACAGCAGAUUACCGUGAUGGCAUGUUUCAAUGCCCUUGGAGACUAUGUCCCACCUUUAAUUGUAUAUCCAGGACAAAGGUUUAGGGACACUGGUAUACAGGCAUUUCCUGAAGCUAUAUAUGCACACUCCGAAAAUGGCUGGAUGUAUAAAGAACUUUUUCUCAGUUUUUUUGAGGUUUUCAACACUUUCGUUGAAAAGCAGAACAUUGAAAAGCCAGUCAUUUUAUUUGUCGAUGACCACAGUACACAUAUGACGGCUGAGGCUGCACGCUUUUGUGCUGACAAUAAAAUUAUCCUGUAUUGCCUUCUUCCAAAUGCCACACAUGUAAUGCAAGCAUGUGACGUCGGAUUUUUCUCACCAAUGAAAUCCGCAUGGAGGGGAAACGUAAAACGAUGGCAGAUGGAACAUUAA